AUGAACGACCCUCUUAACGGUAGCACAAGAAAUCUAUUCAACGUUCCAAAAUGGAUCAUACCUAGAUCAAAGAACUUCCACAGUUGGUGUACCUACCUUAGUGGUGCGCUAUUCGCUUCAAGUAUAUUAUUUUUUUUAGAUAGUUUAAUCUAUUCGCAUAGAGUUAAUGCUAGUGAUAUCGUAUCUGUCACAUUUACAGAAUGGAUUCCAAUGAUUUGUUCUACAUUGGGUAUGAUAAUUAUCAAUUCUGUGGACAAAAGCAAUUUAACAGUUGUGUCGUCCUCUUCUGCAACAGGUGGCUUACUAAGUGGUGGUGGUGGUGGCAUUUCUAUUGGUGGCAACGGUGGGGGUAAUUCAAAUCUGUUGGGACAAUUACGUAUUGUUUUGUUUUUAGGUUUUGCUCUUUUGGCUGGAGGGUGCAGUGGGAGUAUUGUAGUUUUGAUAGUUAAAUAUAUUCAGAGAGAUAUUACGGAAUAUCCAACUCUAGGCAUGGGUGUUGAUAAUGUCAUAGCCAAUAUGUUAAUUCUAUUAAGUUGUGUUGUUUUAUGGGUUGCGCAAACUAUUAAUUUUGAGGAUGAAUAUAAUUACGCAUUAACAUUGUAA